GUCAGCACCCGAAAAAGCAGCUGACAUAUGUCAACCUCCAACCUGUAAUCCAAGUUGAGAAACACAAAUUGUACGAAAUCUAAUCAGUGUAUAACUCCUACUUUGUUCCUGGAAAAGUUCACUUUGGAAAAGUAUCUGAGAGACGAAACAAAAUGUCAGCAGGUUCAGACAAUUUAGAGGGAGAUUAUGUAGAUCAUACAGAUAGAAUGAGAAACUCCAAUACGAUUGAAGCCUUGACGGAGAUCGAGAAUGCUGGAGAUCUAAUGAAGGGCACAUUCAAUCAAAAUGAUCUUCGUGAUUUGCAGGUUCUGUUAGACCAGCCUCAGAAACAUGUUACACCAUUUGAAACUUACAUUAGUUACCAAGUCUCUACAAAGACUAGUCGGAUUGAAUUUGAAAAGCAAAACUAUGUGGUUCGCCGUCGAUAUUCCGACUUUGAGUGGCUCAGAAACCAACUUUCAUUGUGCUAUCCAACACUUAUAGUACCUCCACUUCCUGAGAAGCACUCCUUGUUUGAACAGAUCGACAGAUAUGAUCGCGAUUUCAUCACUUCAAGAAUGCAACUACUUCACAGAUUCCUUAAUCGUCUUGCAGAUCAUCCCGUUUUGAGCUGCGACAAAAAGUUUGAAGCAUUCCUGAUUGACACUCCAGUGGAGUUUUCUACAUUCAAAAAGUCAUUCGCUGGUUUUGGGCUGUUUGGCAAAAUGAGUGAGUCUCUACAAAAUAUGGCUUCGUCUUAUGUCGCUAAAGGAAGAACAGUAGAAUUUGAAAAGAUGAGUGAAUAUGUCGACAAAUUGUCGGAGAAGAUUCGCACUAUGGAAAAGAUUGGUCAGAGAAUCCAGAAAGAGCGUACAGCCUACCUACAGGAUUUACAAAUGGUGCAGCCUAUUCUCAACCAAUGGCAGGCCUACGAACCGAAUUUGUCUCAGGGAUUACAAGCUAUUGGAGAGGCAGCGAUUACUUGCGCUGAUGCUCAACGCAAAUUAGUUGACUGUCAGAAACCAAGUCUCUCAGUGCCCCUCCAUGAGUACGGAUUGUAUACCGAAGCCGCCAAGGACUCUCUUCGCAAUCGAGAUAAUGCCCAAAUUGAUUAUGAAGUUCAAAUGGAACAGUUAUGCCGUGUGAAGGCCGAACAGACACAAUUGGAAACUGCCCCGCUUAGCGACCAUCCCGUAAUGUUCGGGAUGAAUAUGUGGAAAAGCCCGGAGCAAGUUCAACAACAACGAAUGCAACAGCUAGAGACCGGCGCUAGUACGCUGGCCGUGCAAGUCGAGGUAAGCCGAGAUAAAAUGGAAUGUGCUAACGAAAAUUUGCGCGCCGAUUUUGAACGCUGGAACCAAGUCAAGUCACGGGACCUGAAGAAUAUUUUACAAGAAAUGGCUGACUUGCACAUCAAGAUGUAUGAACAGUCAUUAAAUGCUUGGUCAAAAGCGUUGCCUAUAGUGAAAAACGAAUCUCAAGCACAGAUUUAAACUUGCCUUAAACGUCAGCGUUCCUCCUUAUUGUAUCACAUGUUAUAUCGAAAAUUGUAAUAACAAAGAGUCUAGUAACAUAA